UACGUAGCGAGGAGAUAUUUAGGUUUCCAGAAGGCAGGUCAUUGCAGGCCCCACCCAGCGGUGGGGAGAGUGAAUCCCAGAGGGGGUUGCCAGCGAGUUCCUCCUCCUUCCCCUUCCCGCUAUCCCCGAGUCUAGGGCUCCCAGGGGCGUAUGACGCCAGCGCCCUCUGACCGCACCUCUGACCACAACAAAUCCCUACUCCACCCGUCUUCUUUGUCCCACCCUUGGUGACACAGAACCCCAACCCAGGCCCCGCCCAAAGCACUCAUUUAACUGUUAUUGCGGAGCCGCGAGGCGCUGCUUCUGCUCGCUGCAACUCGCUCAGGCAGCUGGGCGUAGCUGCGACCCGGCGGAGGAGUCCCGGCGGCGCGUACUUAUUCUGACCUCGCGCGCCAUGACUGUAGCGCGGCCGAGCAUGCCCCCGGCGCUGCCCCUCCUCGGGGAGCUGCCCCGGCUGCUGCUGCUGCUGCUGCUGCUGUGCCUGCCGGCCGUGUGGGCUGACUGUGGCCCUCCCCCAGCUGUACCUAAUGCUCAGCCAGCUUUGAAAGGCCUUACAAGUUUUCCCAAGGACACCAUAAUAACGUACAGAUGUGAUGAAAACUUUAUGAAAAUUCCUGGCAAGCAGGACUCAGUGGUCUGCCUUCAGGACAGUCAAUGGUCAGAUAUUGAAGAGUUCUGCAAUCGUAGCUGCGAUGCGCCAACCAGGCUAAAGUUUGCAUCCCUCAAACAGCUUUAUAUCCCUCAGAGUUAUUUUCCAGUCGGUACUGUUGUGGAAUAUGAGUGUCGUCCAGGUUACAGAAGAGACCCUUCUCUAUUAGCAAAACUAACUUGCCUUCAGAAUUUAAAAUGGUCCACAGCAGCUGAAUUUUGUAAAAAGAAAUCAUGCCCUAAUCCUGGAGAAAUACCAAAUGGUCAGAUCGAUAUAUCAAAUGGCAUAUUAUUUGGUGCAACCAUCUCCUUCUCAUGUAACACAGGGUACAAAUUAUUUGGCCCGACUUCUAGUUUAUGUCUUGCUUCAGGAAGUGGAGUCCAGUGGAGUGACACGUUGCCAGAGUGCAGAGAAAUUUAUUGUCCAGCACCACCACAAAUUGACAAUGGAAUAAUUCAAGGGCAACGUGAACAUUAUGGAUAUAGACAGUCUAUAACGUAUUUAUGUAAUAGAGGAUUCACCAUGAUUGGAGAGCACUCUAUUUAUUGUACUGUGAAUGGCGAUGAAGGAGAGUGGAGUGGCCCACCACCUGCAUGUAGAGCAAACUCUCUAGUUUCCAAGGCCCCACCAACAGUUCAGAAACCUACCACAGUAAAUGUCCGAACUACAGAAGUCUCACCAACUUCUCAGAAAACCACCACACCAAAUGCUCAAGCAACACGGAGUACACCUGCUUCCAGGACAACCAAGCAUUUUCAUAAAACAACCCCAGAUAAAGAAAGUGGAACCAAUUCAGGUACUACCCAUCUUCUAUCUGCUCUGCAAGUUAGGCCUUUUGAAGUGUCCCACAUUUCUUCAAAAAAGAUGAUGUGCAUCCUCUAGGUAACUGCAGUUCUUGUAGGUAGGUAGGUGGAAUUCUAACUUGAGUUCUUUGGCAGUGAAGAUGAUGCCCUAUAUAUUAAUGUAGUAUCUGUCUAAUGUAAAUUUUGUUGGAUGAAUAUCAAAUAUUUUAUGGAAAAUGUUUCAAACAGUUAAAAUUAGGGCCUGAAUCUGGGGCUAGAAGUAAGUUUUUCUCCGGCAAUAAACUGUUUGAUUUAUUCUUUCUUGGUCUGUUUUCUUAUCUGGAAACAAGAUAUUCAGUGCAAUUUAAUACAUAUUUGUUAAACACUUUCUACUGUUCCACUGUUUGCCAUGCACUGUGUUAAUAAGGAGAGGUGAUCAAAUGAGAUAAUAGGUGGCAAACUGCUUUGCAAUGUUUUCAACACUACAGAGAUACAGUUCUACAUGAUGGAGAACCUUAUUGGUGGGGGAGAAAACCUUUUUCUAACAUCAUGUUAUUUUCCUACCUAAGAGCUCUUCAGUUUAAUCUUAGGAACAUUGGAAUCAUAAUUAUUAUUUCGUUCAUUAUUUCGUACUUUCAUUUAUCCCAAGUUGCAUAAAUCUUAAUGUUGAUUCACCUUUGGUUUUCUAUAGAUACCAAGUGAAUUUUGAGAUCAUAAACAGUUGCCUUUGAGCCUGAAAGAUUUGUUUCUAAUUUGGGAGAUCAUAUGCUCUUAUUAAUUUACUGAGAAGAUACGUAGGAUUUUGUUUUUCAUACUUCUGUGUUUUGCCCUGGUUUUCUGUUAAACCAUCAGCCUCUACACUUUCUUCUAGAACUAUGUAUAUGUGUUGAUCAUUGUUCUGGGAAUAGCCUUUUCCUUCUGUCAUCUGGAUGUUCUAGAUCACUCUGAAUCUUCUAUCUUGAUUUAGCAUUCAAAUAAAAAAUAAGAUAUUGAAAAUGAUGGAAUUAGUGGGAACUGGUGACAGGAAGGGGGAAACCCAAAAUUUUUUAGAAGCUGUGAUUUAUUUCAUGGAUAGUCUUUCUAAGUUAAUGAUACAAUCCUAGGGGAUCAGUUAAAUAAACUUAUAAAGUGAAAUACUGUAAAAACUUACCUGUGGUAGAAAUAGCUGUUUUUUAAAUCACAAGUUCCAUAUGGCAGUGCAAUUGUACAGUGUCUCUAUUUUGCUGAUUUGGAGCCAAACACACUCAUUAGCCACGUUAGAUUCAGUUACUAUUCUCGUGUCAUCUAUCAUUUCCUUUGUAGUACAGACCAAUAGAGUUGAGUCCAAGGACACUGGACAGGGUUGAUGGUGGUGGGAGUAGGGGGGUGUUGGUGAGGAAAGGGAGAACAAGGAUGGUGAGAGAAAAGGGCAAAUGGGUACAUUUGAGAAGAAAGAUUGUGUAAGCUAUGAAAAUGAUUUGAUAUUGACCAACUUAUUUGACCAAUUAUUUGCUGUUGUUCAGCUCAAAAUAGUGCUUUGAAUCUUAAAAUUGAAUAUAAAUUUUUGAAAUGAAAUUUAAUCUACAAUAGGCUGAACACUAAAAAGCAUAUUCUGUAGGCAAAGUAAAUAUAGUUUGCCCCCCAAUCUCAGAUGAUAAUAGUACAGGCAUAUUUCCUGUGAUGGAGAAAUGUCUACAUAUCUGUUACAUCUACUAUAAACUAGGUAAAUGUCCUUCCUGUUAACCACAUAUGUUAAUGUUCCUUCUUUCUGAGACUCAGUUUACUCGUCUAAAAAAUGAAAGUGAGCUCUAAGAUACUUUCUAGCUCUAAAAUAACAUAAUUCUGUCACCAUAUUUGAAUGCUCAAUGAUCAAAACAUUUAAAAUCGAGCAUGAUUGGGUUGAAACACUUUAGAAGCCUCUCAAACCUGUCAAAAAAUUUUAUUUGAGCAUUGUGAUACUCUAAAUACAUUUCUUCCUUUUUCUUUCAAAGAAAACAGGACAAAUAAAACACGCAUUUGUCAAAAACUUAUGACAUAAGGAAGCCAUAUACAAAAUGAAAUUAAUAUCUCCUGUUUUUUAACUCACUUCAUAACCAGUAUGUUUGUCAUUGUGAAACUAUAAUGUAAUUUUACUUGCUCAUGUUUCUAUUAACUGUGUUACCAUAUCUUUUCCCCUUCAAGGAUUUCUUGCUGGUACUAUAUUAACUGGUACCCUAAUUCUAGUCAUUGGAAUAUGGAAAAUCAGGGUGAGCAGAAAUUCUGAUGAUUUUUUAAAAUUUAUUCCUAGUUUAUUUCCAGUAAAAUUUGGUACUGUAUCAGUAGAUGACUCUCUUAGCUUUAUUUAAAUUUUGGCAUGUCUCCGUAUUCAUUUUUGUCUGUAAUUACUAUCCUGGAUUAACAGACUUCAUGUCUGUUUUUCCUCAAUAUAUUCAAAGGCACAUUUCAAAGAAAAGUGACUUGAAGUCUCAUUUUGUGAUCUAUCGAUCCACUGAUUUUUUUUUCCACUCAGUAUAAUUUAUGGUAAUAUCUAAGUGUUGCACAGAAGCAAAGAAGUCUAGGAAAAAUCAACCUCUAACAUACUGUGAAAUUGCCUGUGAUUAGGGCUUUUUCUCAGUUAUAUUAAUAGAUGCCAGUCCAGCUCAAAACAGUGCAGUGGUUAAGAGAGCAGACUCUGGGGCCUGACGGCUCAGUUUGAAUCCUGGAUCUGCCAUCUGGGAAUUAUUUGACUGUGAGCAAUUUAACCUCUCUAUGCCUCAGUUUACUUAUUUGUAAAAUGGGGGAAAUAUAGUACCUACCUCAUGUGAUUAUAGUAAGGAUCAAAUGAGUUGCCACCUGUCAAGUGCUUAGAACAUUGCUUGGCACAUAGUAAGCACUCAGAUAUUAAAACAACAACAACACACACACACACAUCAGUAUUAUUUAAAAUAUCUAAUCUGCAUUGAAUAUACAUAAUGUUAAGUAUAAAUGUCACCAUUGACUCUGAUGUGUCCUGUAGCAAAGGAUGAUUUAAAUUGACCCUCUUCUGUUUUGUAGUUUUAACUGUUCAGAAAACUAGUUGUGGAAUUUAUACAAACUUGAGUUAUUUCUAAGCUGCCCUAAUGCCUGUCCAUUUUUCCCAUUAAUAAGAAAACUAUAAUUUAAUGCCGUUAUUAAAUUGUCUGUUUUAAUUCUUUGGAUGAUGUGACCUAUCUCCUUUUUACCCUCUACAAUUUUUCUACUUAAAUUAACAAUAUUACUUAAGCCUAUUGUAAGUUAAAGUAUGUAAAUAUUCUUGGACUCACUAAAUGAGUCAGGCUUUUGGAAAAAUAUUUGACCAUUAGGUCCAGGGGAGUGAUUAAUAAUUUUUACAGGCAUUUGUUUAAUAUCAACAAAAUAUUCUAGCUGUCAUGAUAGCAAAUAUAGUAAGACAUAACUUUUUCUCCAGAUAUAUCAGAAAUGUUUUAGGAAUGUGAUUUAGAACCUAACAAAAACUCACAGUUAGUUCUAAGUCAUCUAAAGUGAGUUGGUAUGGAAGCAUCAGCAAAG